CAACACACAAUUUAUGCUAACAGAAUACACGGUUGACGGCCUCGACUAACAGGAAAUACACGGUAUUUCACAAACAGUAAGCUCUGGACCGUUGCAUGUGCACGUCACUAUAUUUGGCAUUCCCAUGCAGAACAACAUCGAAAUGAGAAAAAGUUAGUGGUAAACCUAACAGUCAAGAACAUUUUCAGACUUUAGUUUACCCAGCUACUUGUAUAUACACAUAUGUCCGUAUGUAUAUGUUUUAUUUGUCGGGAUCUAUAUCUUUUCAUGAAAGUCUGAUGCAGGACAUGGUCAAAAUGAGAUCAAGUGGCUAUUUUUUCUUUUGCGGAGUGCUUCAGUCUAUUAUACGAAGAACCCAUUCUAGAAACCGAAGACUGGUCGAACAUGUCAUCUGGAGAGGCUUUGGAAGCACUUGCCCUUCCUGUGGUGCGUCAGAUUGACUCUCAGUUUCUGAAGUGUGGAAUCUGUUUGGACAGAUACACAAAUCCAAAGGUUCUUCCCUGUCUGCAUACCUUUUGUGAAGACUGUCUUCUGAAUUACAUCCCAGCAGAAAGUCUAACUCUCACUUGCCCCCUUUGUCGACAGCAGUCUAUACUCCCAGAACAAGGAGUGUCUGGACUUCAAAAUAAUUUCUUUAUCUUAAAUUUGAUGGAGAUCUUAGGUCAGCCUACAGCUUGUCAAGUCUGUGACAGUCAAGUUCCUGGAACUUUCAAAUGUAUUGUAUGUAAUCAGUUUUUGUGUGAUCCAUGUAGCAGGAUACACCAAAAGGAAAUGUCUACCAGUGAACACAAAGUUAUUUCCUUGAACGAAUUAGCUCUACUGGAGGAACAUGAAAUGUCUAAGGAUCACCCUUCUCUGAUGUGUCCGAAACACCAGAGCCAGACUUUAAGAUUCUAUUGUCGUGAAUGCGAAACUGCUAUCUGCGUCACUUGCACAGACAUUGAACACGGCGGGCAUGAUACCACACGCAUGCGCGAGGCUGUAGAAGAGCAAAAAGCGGUUUUAAAAAACCUUGUGGAAAAAGCAUACUCUCAGAUUCCAGCUUUGAAGGAGGCUAUGGACUCCGUAAACGCCUUGUCGUUCAUUCUUUCUGACAAGCACUCUGAAAUAUCUAAAAACAUCUGCUAUACUUUAGAUUCUGUUACGGAACUUAUCCAGUUGAGGAAGUCCUUUUUGUUAAAUGAACUGGAAGAAUGCCAUAGGUUAAAACAACAGGUUUUACAGGAACAGAAAGAAUAUUUGGAAUUUUGUAUUAGCGAUCUUACAAAUAGCUGUGAAUUUACUGAAAAUGCACUAACCCACGGUAGUGAUACUGAAAUCUUCCUUGUCAACAAACAGAUGGCCGAGAAGAUUUCCGAAUUUUCCGAGAUGUCUGUUCAGAAUAUGCCGGAAGAAAAUGACUACAUGGUCUUUGAAGGUGCUGAAUUGACAGAAGUUAAGAAAUCAUUAAACAAUUUUGGAAAAAUACUGACCAAUAGUGCUGUGGCUUAUGAAACUACAGCUUCCGGAGAAGGGUUAAAACAGUGUGUUGUUGGGAAACAAACUCUUGUUAAUGUUGUCCUUAAAGACAGAUGUGGAGAUAUUGUGAAAGAUGGGAAUAUGUUGUUUGAAACAGAUAUCAGCUCUCCUGAACUUUCUGUCAGUUUGAUCCCUGAAAUAUUUUACCAGAAGAAUGGUAGCUAUGAUUUUGUUUACAGUAUUUCUAAAGAAGGUGUAUACAAACUUACUAUCAAGUUGUUUGGAAAACACAUCAAAGGCAGUCCUUUUGAAGUUAAGGCAUUUGUCGAAGAAGAAAGUUCUUCCAGUGACCGACCUACAAGCUCCAAGAUACCCAGAACGGCUGGAAUCAGGCAACGCAGCUCCAGACGCCCAUCCAGUCGCAGGUCCAGUGGAUCUCAGCGUAAAAAUUAUCCCUUUGAAGAUGAUUUGGUAAUGAGAGUAGGCAAUAGAGGGCGCGGAAGAGGAGAAUUUACUAAUCCACAGGGUGUUUGCUGUACAUCAGACAACAAAUUUGUGAUUGCAGAUAGUAAUAACCAAUGCGUUCAAGUAUUCGCCACGACGGGUGAGUGUAAGCUACGUUUCGGAAUCAGAGGUCGAGGUCCUGGUCAAAUGCAAAGGCCAACAGGUGUCGCUGUUACAGCUAAUGGCAAUUACGUUGUAGCAGAUUAUGAAAAUAAACUAUUAAGUAUAUUUGAGCCUAGCGGAAAGUAUGUUAGCCGAAUGGGUGUGGGUAAACUUUUAGGCCCAAAAGGGGUAGCGGUAGAUAAGAACGGCCACAUCAUCGUUGUAGACAACAAAGCAAGCUGUGUAUUAAUAUUCCAAGAAAAUGGAAAACUGUUGUACAAGUUUGGCACUAGGGGGAACGGUCCAACUAAAUUUGCUGGACCUCAUUACGCAGCCGUAAACAGUAAAAAUCAGAUCAUAGUGUCGGAUUUCCACAAUCAUUGUAUCAAAGUAUUUGACUCUGAUGGUGGAUUUGUCUCAAUUUUUGGUUCAAAUGGAGAAGGAAAUGGACAGUUUAAUGCCCCAACAGGUGUCGCUGUGGACAAACAAGAUAACAUUUUGGUAGCUGACUGGGGAAACAGCAGAAUUCAGGUUUUCGACAGUAGCGGAUCCUUUUUGUCUUUUGUCAAUACUAACGAAGAUCCCCUUUAUGGUCCCCAAGGACUAGCAGUAACAUCAGACGGUUUUGUAGUGGUGUCAGAUUCAGGAAAUCAUUCUUUCAAGGUCUACAGAUACUUACAGUAAACUGGCUUUUAUUUUUACAGGUGAGUCCUUCACAUAGAAUUAUAUAUCCUUCAGAACGGUUAGC